CACUACGCACCAUGGCGAAGCGAUUCUCACAAACCGUGCCCCAGACCCUCUGAGCUCUCACCAAUCAAUAGCAACUUCAGUCAAUUCCGAAAUCCGGUGACCUGUCGACACUCGUCUACAACCAAGAAUGCUACCAGGGCAAUUGUUAGCCAUAUGCUACGGUCUAUUGGCUCUAAUCUUGCAGUUCUCAUCAAGGCUCCUCGAAAUGAGCGAAGAGCUUUACUGAAAACCCGCGUGCCAAUCCGGCCACUGACAUAUAAAUGGCAGAAAAGAGAGGCCCAGCUGUACCUUCAGCUUUUCGCCUCUACCCAGACAUUCUGUGUUCUGAAAGUAGGUGAUGCUAUCCUAUCUGAGCAUCUUGACGAACUCGGUUUGCAGCUAGCUUUUCUUUACGAACUAGGGCUCUUACCGAUACUUGUGCACAGGGGCGGUCCUCAACUCGAUUCCCGGCUAGCCCGUGAAAGUAACCCUUGCAUUUUCGGAGGGCAUACUCGGCAUUGCCCGCAAGAGAACCUCAAGCUUACCGACAAGCUUGACCAGCUCGGCGUCAGUAACAGACUCUCAGUGGCGUCUUUAUGGCAGACUAUCUCGACAAGGAGAAUCAGGGCUACGUUGGCAAAAUAA